GCGAGUGUGCGCGGAGCACCCGGACCUCGGCCAUGGCUCAUAGGCCGAAGAGGACCUUCCGGCAGCGCCGGGCCCACUCUAGUGACAGCGACGGCGCGGAAGAGCAGUCUUCUGAACCCGGGGCCCCGGAAAAGCAGACGGCCCCGGGCCUUACGGAGGAAGGGCCGCCCUCUCGGGGGGGACGCGUAGAGACGACGGCCCGGCGUGGUCGGGGUCGGGGCCGGGUGUGGGCAAGUUCCCGACGCGCGGCGGGAGCGGCUACGCGCACUGAAGGCGGCUUGAGCGUCCCAGAAUCCAGAAAAGUUGAUCUUUCAACAGAUGAAGAGGAUGAAACAGCUCAUUCCUUAGAAAAUAAGGAUGAUCAGAGUUCAUCAUCCAACAGCUCUAGCUCUCUGGAAGAAGAAUUUUCAUCAGUAGUAAAUAUCCCUGAUGCAGCUUUUAUUCAGGCAGCCCGCAGAAAACGUGAAUUGGCCAGGGCCCAAAAUGACUAUAUUUCUUUGGAUGUAAAACAUACCUCUGCCAUCCCUGGAAUGAAGAAAAACAGUGGCGAAGAUCCUGAGAGUGAGCCUGAUGACCAUGAGAAGAGAAUAGCAUUUACUCCAAAGUCUCAAACCCUUAAACAAAGAAUGGCUGAAGAAACAACACCCAGAAAUGAAGAAACAAGUGAAGAAAGUCAGGAAGAUGAAAAUCAAGAUAUAUGGGAACAGCAGCAAAUGAGGAAAGCCGUUAAAAUCACAGAGGGACGAGACCUAGAUCUUUCCUACAGCAGUGAACCUCAAACAGUAAAGAAGUUUGAUACUUCGAUUUCAUUACCACCAGUAAAUUUAGGAAUUAUAAAAAAGCAAUUAAAUAGUAGAUUAACAUUGCUACAGGAUACUCACCGCUCACACCUGAGGGAAUAUGAAAAAUAUAUACAAGAUGUCGAAAGCUCAAAGAGUACCAUCCAGAACCUAGAGAAUUCAUCAAAUCAAGCUCUAAAUUUUAAAUUCUAUAAAAGCAUGAAAACUUACGUAGAAAAUUUAAUUGACUGUCUUAAUGAAAAGAUUGUCAGCAUCCAAGAAAUAGAAUCAUCCAUGCAUGCACUCCUUUUAAAACAAGCCAUGACCUUUAUGAAACGCAGGCAAGAUGAAUUAAAACAUGAAUCAACGUAUUUACAGCAGUUAUCACGCAGAACUGAAACAUCAACAAAUGAAAGCUUGGCUGUAGAUGAAAAAACUCAAUGGAUUUUAGAAGAGAUUGAAUCUCGAAGAUCACGAAGAAGACAAGCAAGGACACUUUCUGGGAAUUGUGAUCAUCAGGAAGGGACAUCUAGUGAUGAUGAACUGUCUUCAGCAGACAUGAAUGACUUCCAAAAAACCCAAGAUGACAUUUCACAGGAUCAUAAGAAGAUUUUUGAAGAUGUACAUGAUGAUUUUUGUAACAUCCAGCAUAUUUUGUUGAAAUUUCAACAAUGGCGAGAAAAGUAUCCUGAUUCUUAUUAUGAAGCAUUCAUUAGUUUGUGUAUACCGAAGCUUUUAAAUCCCUUAAUCCGAGUUCAGCUGAUUGAUUGGAAUCCUCUUAAGUGUGAUGCCAUAGGUUUAAAACAGAUGCCGUGGUUCACGUCUAUAGAAGAAUUUAUGGCUAGCAGUAUGGAAGAUUCAAAGAAGGAGGAUAGUUCUGAUAAGAAGAUCUUGUCUGCUGUCAUCAACAAAACAAUUAUUCCUCGACUUACAGACUUUGUAGAAUUCAUUUGGGAUCCCUUGUCGACCUCACAGACAACAAGUUUAAUAACACACUGCAGAGUGAUUCUUGAAGAACUUUCCACUUGUGCAAAUGAAGUUAGUAAAGGCAAACAGGACUUACUUAAAUCCAUUGUUGUGAGAAUGAAGAAAGCAAUAGAAGAUGAUGUUUUUAUUCCUCUGUAUCCAAAGAGCACUGUAGAAAACAAAACAUCACCACAUUCAAAGUUCCAAGAAAGGCAGUUCUGGUCAGGUAUAAAGCUGUUCUGCAAUAUUCUUCUUUGGAAUGGACUCCUCCCAGAUGACACCUUGCAAGAACUAGGACUAGGGAAGCUGCUAAAUCGUUACCUUAUUAUAGCUCUUCUUAAUGCCAUACCUGGGCCAGAUGUUGUUAAAAAGUGCAACCAGAUAGCAGCGUAUUUACCAGAAAAAUGGUUCCAAAGUUCUGCCAUGAGAACAUCUAUUCCCCAGCUAGAAAACUUCAUCCAGUUUUUGUUGCAGUCUGCACAUAAAUUAUCUAGAAGUGAAUUCAGGGAUGAAGUCAAAGAAAUAAUUCCUAUUCUAGUGAAAAUAAAAGCUUUGAAUCAAGCAGAAUCCUUCAUAGAAGAGUAUCACCUAGACGAUCUGAAAUCCGUAAUUAAAGAAGUUUGAACAAACUAUGGGAAAGUACUAACAUGAGAUUUUAAUAUAAUCAUACUUGCCUCCUUUGCUUGGGGGCCAGGUGGAGCAGGACUCCAUCCUUCCAAUCCUCCCCUUACCUUUUGGUAUCAUGAAAGGCUGGCCCCCCUGUGGUGGCUGCAGGAAUUAAGCACACAGGAGCAUUAAGAGUUUAACAUAGUCCCUUUGAUUGUUCUCACUUUUCUAGUUGAAGAGAGAAAUUGAAGAAACCUUGCUGUCUGGGCUUUGGUGAGUCUUCUGAACUGCACCAUAAAAACAUGUUAGUUUUCUUCACUUUAACGAUCUCUGUUUACAAAUAAGUUAAAAUGUAAAACCUAAUUGGAAUGAAUUAUUUGCUAAGUAUUAACUGAGUAAAGGCAUUUUAAGGUUUAUUGAUAACUACUGUAACAGAGGCCAGUGAAACCACCCUUCCCCCCCAGCCACAGGAUAGGUAUUACGUUUUUUUUCUUACUCCAUGCAGAUUUAGUAGCGAUUAAAAAUCAUUUUAAUUAUUCAUUUUGGCUAUUAGAGAAUAAGUAUUUUUUUCUUUUUGGCUAUUUGUAAUUUUUUUUUAAAUAACCCAUUCAUCUUAGGGAUUUGUCAGAACCUUUUAUAUUUUAAAGAUACUGUUUUCCCUGUCCUAUGUUAUAGUUUCCUCAUUGCCAUUUUUAAUUUUGUGUGUUUUUAGUGUGCUAAGGUCAUCAUAGUUGUUACGUACUUGACUACUCUUUUGUUACUGUUUUUUCAUUGGUGAUAGGCUUAGGUAGGAAACAGUUACUUUAAAUACUCAGAACAGGUUAUAAACUUCCUAAUAAAAUAUUGGUGUAAUUGAAAAGAAAUUGAAAAAAUUGCUAGUAAAUUCUCAUUUUGAGAAAUCUUUUCUUAAAUCUAUUUGUUAAAUAACUCAAGAGAAACCCUGAAUAUGUAUUUCAUAAAUUAUUGCCCCAAAGAUAAUCAGGAAAUCUUUGAUUGUAUAGGAUUUGAGCAUGUGGCUUCUGCCAUUAUCACCUCUAGUUUUGAAGUUGGUGUAUAUUUUAACAGAUUGAUGUGUUAUUUCUACUGCAGUGAAGACUUAUGAUUCACUAGUAGGAAUAGUUUAAAUUUUCUUUUAGUUACACAAAUUAUAUAAGAAUGGAAUUUCUAGAAAUUCAAACCAUUACUCAGAGGCAUUUAGCAUUCCUGCAGUUACUGUCCCAGAGGUGAAUGUUGUUUUCAUUUUAAAGUUAUCCUUUCAGACCUUUUCUCUACUUACAAACAUAUGUGUGUGUUAACGUAAGUGUCAUUGUUAUUGCAUAUGAAAUUUCUAAUUUUUAUUAAUAAAAUGUGUAUUUGAAAACUUUC